CUCGCCUAACCCAAUCGACGAGCACAGACAAGAAGGCCCGGAGUGUAAAAUACAGUGGUAUCGAUUCUAGAGAGAGAGAGAGAGAGAGCAGCAAAGGCGAGGAGGAGGAUGAUCGGAGUGGGGAAGAUCAAACAGUACACGAACGUCCUCGACAAACCACUCAGCAAGGGCAAACAAGAGGUCAGUUUGAGUGCGUUUGCUUUCCUGUUUUCGGAGCUUGUUCAGUACAAUCAAACUCAAGUUGACAACAUUGCGGAGUUAGAAAGAAGGUUGGAGGAUGCAGGCUAUGCUGUUGGCGCACGGGUUUUGGAACUUCUUUGCCAUCGAGACAAGGGAAACAGAAGGGAGACCCGAUUGUUAGGUAUUUUGUCUUUUGUACACAGCACAGUAUGGAAGGUGUUGUUCGGAAAGGUAGCUGACUCACUUGAGAAGGGCACUGAACAUGAAGAUGAAUACAUGAUUAGUGAGAAGGAGCUCCUUGUCAAUCGAUUUAUUUCAAUACCGAAAGACAUGGGGACAUUUAAUUGUGGGGCGUUUGUUGCAGGAAUAGUAAGGGGUGUCCUGGAUAGUGCAGGGUUUCCUGCUGUAGUUACGGCCCAUUUUGUACCUGUUGAGGGUCAGCAACGACCUCGGACCACCAUUCUGAUAAAAUUUGCUGAAGAGGUAUUACGAAGAGAAGCAAGGUUAGGUUGAUCUUUAUGUGAGAUUGGCUCAUGUAGUUUUUAGCAGUGUGCUCCAACAAAUAUUGUGGAAGGGUGGUGAGAUCUCUUGGUGGUUUGUGGAACCAAUCCGGAUGCUCAUCACACGCAAACAUGGUCAUUGCUGUUCGGAUUCCUACCGAAAUUCUUUUCUGCAUGAUGAAAUAACUAUACUAAUCUUGAAAUACAAUUUCAAUUUGUGUAAAACAAAUGUUCAUUUGCCAGGGCAGUUGAUGUAAAGUUCUAUGUCAUUACUUCAUCUUGGUGCUUAUAUGAACUCGGGUGGAUUGGGUAUUCAGGGAUAAAUUGAUUUCGGGAUCUUUUGUUGUAAGAGGACAAAUCAGGUUCUUUACUCAAUGUUUGAGAAUCUUAUAUGGUCAGACAUUUAGGAUUUUCAUCUUUUGAUGGGUA